GAAAAACACACGGGUUAAUAAUCAAAAACUAGAGGUAAGUAAUAUCAUUUCUUUGGUCAAAACUAAUACAAUUGUUUUAAACUAAUUCCAAUUUGGCCAAAAGAUUAAUCAUAUAAUAAUUAAAUAUUAGUGGUAAGUAAUACCAUUUCUUUGGUCAAAACUAAUAACAUUUUUUUUUACAACAAACAAAUAACAUUUCUUCAUUGUAAAUUAAAAUUUUCAGAAAGUCAAGGAUAGAGAGUUAAUGUUAAAAUAUUAAUUGAUGACGAAUGAAUAAGCGUUUUAUAAAGAUCGGCAAGUACGUGUAAUCUUCAGCGUUCUUCACGGCAUUACAAAACUCAUUUCAAUUAUAUUCUUCUUCUCAGACAUCGAAUCUUCUUUCUCCUGGUAAACAAAAACAAUAAACAGAUCUCUAACCGUGUUCUUGAUUUCGUGACAAACGAGAAAUUAAAACAGCGUACAGCGUACAGCGUUUCUUAUUAUGCGCAAUCAAGAAAUUUUUAUUAACCUACCUUGUCUUACAAGAAACUAGAUUUUGAUCUCCGAAGCACGAGAGAGACAUGGGAAGUGCGGUGACGAAAUCUGAUGCCCAAGAAUGGGUACCAGAGACAAAGCUAGAGGCCAAGAUCAAAGAAGCCAUGCAACGCAGGGAGUCCAAAGGCACCACAAUGAAAUCUUUCAACAGUAUUAUCCUCAAGUUCCCAAAGAUCGACGAGGGUCUUCGAAACUGCAAAGCCAUUUUCCAAGAGUUCGAUGAGGAUUCUAAUGGGUCGAUUGAUCACUCGGAGCUAAAGAACUGUUUCAGGAAGCUAGAGAUCUUGUUUGAAGAAGAAGAGAUAAAUGAUUUGUUCCAGGCUUGUGAUAUUAAUGAAGAUAUGGGGAUUACAUUUACUGAGUUCAUUGUUCUUCUCUGCCUUGUCUACCUUCUUAAGGACGACUCAUCCACUCUCCAAAAGAAAUGGAGACUGGGGAUGCCGAAGCUGGAACCGACGUUUGAGACGCUAGUGGACACGUUCGUGUUCCUGGACGAGAACAAGGAUGGACAUGUUAGCCGCGAGGAGAUGUUUCGAGCCAUUGAUGAAUCUGGAGAACGUUCCUCGGGGAGGAUUGCAAUGAAGAGAUUUGAGGAAAUGGACUGGGACAAGAAUGGUAUGGUGAACUUUAAAGAGUUUCUGUUCGCAUUCACGCAAUGGGUUGGAAUAGAUGAGAAUGAAGAUGAUGAUGACGAUAGCAAUGACAAGGCUUGAUGUUAUGGGCACACAAACCAUUUCUAAAGAUUAUAUGUUUGUAGUAGUAACAAACUAUAUUAGUUGAUGUGUUUUAUGUUAAUGCAAACAGAAUAAUUCAUUACCAAACACACAAACCAUUAUGUUAAGCAACAAAGCUUAUUAGUAGUAGUCUCCACUGAACCAAAAGAAAAAAAGCAAAGCCAAAACUAACCUCGGAGAGAUACACAGAUACAAACUCUUAUAGUUCAGUUCUGUCAUCUGAACUCUCUCCGGGACACAUAAAUAAACAGACAUAGACGCGUACGAAGGGUUUUUUUUUUUUUUUAAAAUUCCAAG